AUACUGAAGAUAUAUAGACUUAGAGAAGGCUCUGAACCAUGGAUAGCCUCUGUGCAGCAAAUACCACUUUUGCACUCGACCUGUUUAGAAAGCUGUGUGAGAACAAAAGCAGGCAGAAUCUAUUCUUCUCUCCUUUUAGUAUUUCUUCUGCUUUGUCUAUGAUUUUGCUGGGUUCAAAAGGGGACACUGAAGCCCAAAUAGCAAAGGUGCUUUCUCUGAACAAAGCCAAGGAUGCUCACAAUGGAUAUCAAUCGCUUCUCUCUGAAAUUAAUGAUCCAAACACCAAAUACAUACUGAGAACUGCUAACCGACUUUAUGGAGAAAAGACAUUUGAGUUUUUUUCAUCAUUUAUAGAGUCAAGUCAGAAAUUCUACCAUGCUGGGCUAGAACAGACUGACUUCAUGCAUGCUUAUGAGGAUUCCAGAAAACAAAUAAAUGGCUGGGUAGAGGAAAGGACUGAAGGUAAAAUUCAGAACCUGUUGGCAGAGGGGAUUCUGGAUUCACUGACCAGACUUGUGUUGGUGAAUGCCAUCUAUUUCAAAGGCAACUGGGAAAAGCAGUUCAACAAAGAGAGAACAACAGAAAUGCCAUUUCAAAUUAACAAGAAGUUGAUCAGUGCUAUUGAAGAAGACUUGGCUACUAUCAUUAGCAGGCCCUGGCUGCCCCUCAAGAUCACCUCAGACUCUGG